UUCAUCCUACACCAAAAAUCACCAUAGCUUCACUUGCAAACACUGCCAACCAAAAAAACCACCAACCAUGUUUGCCAUUAAUGUUGUCGCCAUUCCUGCCUCUGCUAAUUACACAAUUUUUGAAGAUCUUCGUCUUGGCCGUUCUACUCAACAAGUUGUUGGCAGGCUAAUCCGUUUCUGGGACGCUCGCAACAUCAACAAAAAUGGAGAAUUUCUGAGAAUCGUAUUACUUCUCCUUGAUGAGAAGACCUACACACACACACACACACACACACACACUACUUACUUAUUCUUCUAUAUUUAUGUAAUUCAUGGAUUCAUACCUGCCUCACUUGCAAACCAAUACCGUCAAACUUUAAUUGAGGAUGCCAUUUUCAACAUUGGAGGAUUUGAAGUUGGCAGGUGCACAAAGGUAUACAAGAUCACAGAUCAUCCUUUCGUACUACAUUUCAUCGCCUCCACCACAAUUGCUCAGGCAUCUGACGUCAGCCUUUCCAUAAAGCAUGAAAAAUUUUUGCUCCGCAACUCUGACCACCUCCAAGCUUUGGCGAACACAAAUCUCGAACUCCCUGGCUCAAAUCUUGACAACCCAAGUUCCAUGCAACCCUUGGUGGUGUGGUUCCUUAUUGAUACG